CAAACAGCGAAUCGGCGCCUGGCGCUGGGAAGUGACGUCACGCGAUUGCGACGGCUCUGGGAAGAGGCAUGGAUGAGCGGGGGGUGGAGGCAGGUGAAGCUGUAGACGUAGCCUCGUCUGAUGUUUUCCUGAAUGCUUUAGUUUUUCUUUCGUUUUCUUUGGCCCGCUAGCAGUCGCUUUACAUCCUACCAUAUUUAAAUUCAGCUCCUCUGGCCGCGACUCGCGACAGGUCUCAUAAUUGGGAUUCCUCUAGUAUUGCACUCCAAGACUUCUUUCUGCUUGUCACUCCUGGUUGCUUCACCCACUCCCUUUGAGGUCCUUCCCCGAGUGCUAACCUUUGAGGAGCGGAAGAGGGUUGUCAAGGGUUCUCCCCCUAUCAUGUCUGCCCCUUCUGCCUUUCCUGCAGCCCCAGCUGGGAUGCUUGCUUUCUGCCAGCAAGCCUGGGGGCAGGUUUUGGCAAAAGUAAAGCGGGCAGUUGUGUUUAUGGACUCUGCUUGUGCAGAAAGCCUUCACUGGGCAUGUGGGGGAGCUGAGAGACUGUUUCAGGCUGGGGCUGUCAAUGUCAAGGAGUUUUCUAGCUUUGAAUCAGGUGGCGUUGAACAACCAAAGGCUGUCUUUGUGGUUAGCACCUUGCUGAAAGGCAGGACAGUGGACAUAAUUCAUGACAUUGUGAGUCUCAGCAAUUUCCAGUAUUGUGUGGUUUUCACAGCUGUUAGCCACACGGUACACUUGCAGGCCCACAGUGCGCCCAGCAGUGCGGAGAUGGAAGGCUUCAGCCAGGUGGUCUUUGAGCAGUUUGAAGAGAAGCUGUGUCAGUGGAUGGGCAACAUGAACUACACGGCAGAGGUGCAGCAUGCUCCACUCUUUCUGGCACCUGUCUCAUCAUACCUCUUUGUUGCACCUGCCUUUUCCUCGUUUUUCCCCUUGAUGGCUGAUGAUUUGAUCCAGAUUAAUAGUGCUCGACCAGACAAGAAAAAAUUUGCCAGCUUGAAUGAUGUUGACUUCUCAUCUCUGUCUUCAGAGCUGCAGUUGGAGAUCAGGUCAUUGGUGUCUGAUUUCAACAGCUUAUUUGAGUCCCUUAGCAUUCGGGAAGAAUGCUUUGCUGUUGGGACACUAAGCAAGAUUAUUGCGGGGGAUCUGGCAAAUUUCUCUCAAGCCAAGACCAGAAGGAAAACUGCUCCAAAUAGAGCUUCUGUCAUCUUUGUGGACAGAACCUUAGAUUUGACAGGAGCUGUUUGUCAUCAUGGUGAAAACUUAGCAGAAAAAAUUCUCUCAGUACUUCCUAAGCUUCCAAGUCAUACAAGUGACGUGAUGGUCAACAUGAUUGAACUCACCAGUCUGCAAGUUGAUGAUGCGAGUAGCAACAUUAUAGCACCAGGCUGCUUGGCACAACCAAAUGAUCCAGCUGCUAAAGCUUUGUGGGAGUCCUUAAUGAAUCUCAAGCAGAAAGAAGCCGUGAUGGAAGUUAGGAGACAUCUAGUGGAAGCUGCAAGCAGAGAAAAUUUGCCAAUCAAGAUGAGUAUGGGUAGAGUCACCCCUGAACAGCUCAACUCAUAUAUCCAACUCUUUAAAAAGAAAUUUGAAGCUCUUGAGAACCACUGUGGACUUCUGCAGAUUGCACUGGCUGUUGUUCAGACACUAAAGCACCCUGAAGUUACUAAAUGGGACAACUUCUUAGCCUUUGAAAGGCUACUUGUGCAGAGUAUUGGGGACUCAGCAUUGCCUAAUGUCCUGAACCAGUUACUGCCUAUCAUCAAGCCUCGUAAUAACAGGACCGAUAACGAUUAUACUCCUGAAGAUGUCCUUGUGCUGUUGGUGUAUAUUUACUCCAUAGCUGGGAAUGCCAAAACUGGGAAAGAAUUAGAGGAGAGUGAAAAAGCUGUGAAGGAAGCCCUCGUCCAGGCUAUUUGCAAUGAACCCAAGCUGUCUCUCUUGCUGCAGAAAAUAACUGGCUGCGAGUCCUCUCUUGAUCUGACGUUUCAGAAGGCCAUGGGUGCAGUGAAUAAGAUCUUUAAGACCCUCCAAGAUGUUGCAAAAACUCGGACAAAUAUGAAACAGUUUAAUUCUGUGCAUAACCCGGGAAGUCAUACCGAACAGGCGUCUUACAAGCCAUUACUGAAGCGAGUGGUCGAGGAGAUAUAUAAUCCUGAUCGUCCUGACCUUGUUGAUAUUGAACAUAUGUCUUCUGGUCUCACAGACCUUCUGAAGACAGGAUUCAGCAUGUUUAUGAAGGUGAGCCGCCCCCACCCUAGUGAUCAUUCCCUGGUAAUCAUUGUCAUGAUUGGUGGAGUGACGGUAUCUGAAGCCAAAAUAGUGAAGGACCUUGUAGUGACGUACAAGCCUGGAACACAGGUAAUUGUACUCUCCACAACUCUCCUGACACCAUAUAACAUUCUGGAGUUGCUAUUUGCCACGGACCAUCUCCACCCAGACAUUGGUGUCUGAAGAGCAGGAAAUUUUGUCAAAUAUAAUUAUGAGCAUCUGCAACCUAAAGAAACCACCAAACUCAUAAACUCUGUCCCUUGAGACAUCAAAAGCAAGAGGCCCUGAAAUUACUGAUGACUUUGAUUAUAACUUUGGUAAAAUUGAUUUGAUGUUUGUCUGUAAAGAAAUUGACCCACCCCGCUAGGGGGCUUGUUCAUUUUUUCUGUGACAUCAGUUCUUCUCUCUGCAGUAUUGCUGUAUUAGGUACAAUCUGUCUUACCUUGUUAACCUGGGUUGUUCUUGCCAGCACCCACAGAAGAUAAAGAUCCUUGACUAUAACUUGUUUUAGGUGCUGUAAAUUUUGUAGGAUGCAACUACAGAAAAAAAUAGGCACUUCAUAUGUACUGAGUUUUCUUCCAUUUCUUUUGAAAUCUUCUUCAUACCUGUUGGUUUUCUUGUGCUGAGAAAAGAGAAAGUUCAGACUCUUCGGUAGUAAAUGACCAGUUUGGUCUUAGAUUAUGUCAUUGACAGACUGUGUGUGUUCAAAAUCCCGUAUAUAGGGGAUGUGAGUUCUUAUAUUGGAUUUUUAAAAAUGCAGUCAUCCAAUUACAAACCAAUAUUCAUGAAAGGACUGGGAGGGCCUGCUAAUGAGUUUUCCAUCUGCUGCUGGUCCCACAUGAAGUCAUUCUCCCAGGUAGUAUUUAUCUAAGUGGCACUACAGAGAAAAAGUUUUACCAUAACUAUGCAUUCACACAUUAGAUAACUAGCUCAUUGUGCCUGGAGAGCUGAGACUUAGAAAUGGUGGUGUUCACAUUUUUUAAAAAACGUGAACACCACCAUUGUAAUGUCAUACAGACUUAGAUUCAUGUUAUCGUGGGGCCUUUCAUGUUUUAAUUAGAAUCACACGAUAAAGUAUCUCCUGGACUUUACCAGUUUGAGUUAAAAAUGCUUCCUGCUUCUUCAUGUAGAACAUUAGCAUAGCAGGAUAAAGGGUUUCAUGAUAUGCUAGUUUUCUAGAUGAAGGGAAUAUAUCUCCAGUGUACUUUGAAUGAAAGGUUAUCCCUUGAGUCUACUGAACAUUUAAGAAGAUAAAACAAAUGGCCUUGAAAACAAACCUAUGGGAAUAUCUUGUCAAGCUAGUCACAGAUUUAUUGGAUGAAAUAUAUUUUUCAGUUUGUUUCAUAUUUCAUUCUCUUCUAACAAAGAACAGAUUAUAAUUCCAACAGAUUUAAGGCCAAAGAUACAGAUAGUCAUUUUCUGUUCUUUACAAAAGUAUAAUAGCUUAAGUUUUAUAAAAACUGUGCCUGCUAAAUCAAGCUGACACACAGGACAUUCUUCUUUUCUGAAUUGUAUUAUUAAGCUUUGCUUGAAGCAGUGAUUUUUUUAAAAAAAGAUACUCUCUUUUUCUUUUAGUUUGACAGUUGUAGAAUACUGCUAGACACUAUUUACAUUGUAAUCCAUUCCAGCAAUUUUGUUUGAUAAUAUGUUAAAAGGACCAUGAGGUUUGGCCUUCUGCAGACUAGAUUACACCUUUUAAAAAGGCUUUUAGUUUCAGUCCCCUGGGAAGAUUAUCCAAAUUUGACUGUAAUCUGACACUUCAGCUAGCAGGAGAGAACAGAGCCCGUUUAUGAAACAUUACUUAGAGAAAUCAACACAUGGUUUGAGUACUUAGGGCAAUAAGCAGUGGAUGUGCUGGAAUUUCAGAUAAGACAGACAGGUGACAAACCCAUCAGAACAGAUCAAAAUGUUGUUUAUUUGAAGUGCUUAGGAAAGAGAAAGGCAAAAUGAGGCAGUCUCCAUGGUUACCUCUCUGUUUUUGUCAUAUUGUAUUAACAGAAGUUUAUAAGCCAAGAGAGCAUCUAAUUAUAGCAACUGUGCCUUUCUCUUUUGCCUAUUGGCCUUUGUGAGAUACCAAUUUUCAGUUAGAGCACAAGGUAUUGGUGUCUGUCCCGAUGUUUUGAAGCUGACUAUGAAGGUGGGUGACCUCCAUCUUCUGUGAAGUUUUGUUUUGCACUAUUCACUGUUGUUCUGUGAUGGAGAUAGUGCUCAAUGACAACCAACAAUUCAGAUUCAAGACAUAUAGAGUGCAGACUGAUUCACAGAAGCAUUGUGCACCGCAUAUCACUGAUACCGCACUCAUUUUUUUGUAGACUUCCUAAAGGAGUUGUCACUUUGGUGUUGCUAUUAGUAAUACACAAAAAAUUAAGACAUUCAAGUGUUGGUUCUAGCCGUAUGCUUCACUAUGCCAGCAGGAGCAAGAUCAUCAGUACACUGAGAACCUGGGACUUAAUGCAGAGGUCUGCCUUUUCACAACAUCCCCAAGAUGCCCCAGUACUUAAAAAAAAAA